GGAGACCACUGCUACUACCAGGGCAAACUCCGGGGGAACCCACGCUCCUUCGCCGCCAUCUCCACCUGCCAGGGGCUGCAUGGGGUAUUCUCUGACGGGAACCUAACCUACAUUGUGGAGCCCCAGGAGAUGGCUGGCCCGUGGGGAGCCCCUCAGGGACCCCUUCCCCACCUCAUUUACCGGACCCCUCUCCUCCCAGUCCCCCUCGGAUGCAGGGAGCCAGGCUGCCUGUUCACUGCCCCUGCUGAUUCUGCUCCUCCCAGCCGGCCGAGGCUGAGAAGGAAAAGGCAGGUCCGCCGGGGCCACCCUACAGUGCACAGUGAGACCAAGUAUGUGGAGCUGAUCGUGAUCAACGACCACCAGCUGUUCGAGCAGAUGCGGCAGUCGGUGGUCCUCACCAGCAACUUUGCCAAGUCCGUGGUGAACCUGGCAGACGUGAUAUACAAGGAGCAGCUCAACACCCGCAUUGUGCUGGUUGCCAUGGAAACAUGGGCAGAUGGGGACAAGAUCCAGGUGCAGGAUGACCUGCUGGAGACCCUGGCCCGGCUCAUGGUCUACCGGCGGGAAGGUCUGCCUGAGCCCAGCGAUGCCACCCACCUCUUCUCGGGCAGGACAUUCCAGAGCGCCAGCAGCGGGGCAGCCUACGUGGGAGGAAUCUGCUCGCUGUCCCGGGGUGGGGGUGUGAACGAGUACGGCAACAUGGGGGCCAUGGCGGUGACCCUGGCCCAGACGCUGGGGCAGAACCUGGGCAUGAUGUGGAACAAGCACCGGAGCUCUGCAGGGGACUGCAAGUGUCCAGACCUCUGGCUGGGGUGCAUCAUGGAGGACACAGGGUUCUACCUGCCCCGCAAGUUCUCACGUUGUAGCAUCGAUGAGUACAACCAGUUUCUGCAGGAAGGCGGCGGGAGCUGCCUCUUCAACAAACCCCUCAAGCUCCUAGACCCCCCCGAGUGCGGGAACGGCUUUGUGGAGGCAGGGGAGGAGUGCGACUGCGGCUCGGUGCAGGAAUGCAGCCGCUCGGGUGGCAACUGCUGCAAGAAAUGCACCCUGACUCACGACGCCAUGUGCAGCGACGGGCUGUGCUGUCGCCGCUGCAAGUACGAGCCGCGGGGUGUGUCCUGCCGAGAAGCUGUGAACGAGUGCGACAUCGCGGAGACCUGCACCGGGGACUCGAGCCAGUGCCCUCCUAACCUGCACAAAUUGGAUGGUUACUACUGCGAUCAUGAACAGGGCCGCUGCUAUGGAGGUCGCUGCAAAACUCGGGACCGGCAGUGCCAGGCCCUUUGGGGUCAUGCGGCUGCUGACCGCUUCUGCUAUGAGAAGCUGAACGUGGAGGGGACGGAGCGUGGGAACUGUGGACGCAAGGGGUCAGGCUGGGUCCAGUGCAAUAAGCAGGAUGUGCUCUGUGGCUUCCUCCUCUGUGUCAACAUCUCUGGAGCUCCUCGGCUGGGGGACCUGGGUGCAGACAUCAGCAGUGUCACCUUCUACCACCAGGGCAAGGAACUGGACUGCAGGGGAGGCCACGUGCAGCUGGCCGACGGCUCGGAUCUGAGCUACGUAGAGGACGGCACAGCCUGCGGGCCCAACAUGCUGUGCCUGGACCACCGCUGCCUGCCGGCCUCUGCCUUCAACUUCAGCACCUGCCCGGGCAGCGGGGAGCGCCGGGUCUGCUCCCACCACGGGGUCUGCAGCAACGAAGGGAAGUGCAUCUGUCAGCCAGACUGGACCGGCAAAGACUGCAGCAUCCACAACCCCCUGCCCACAGCCCCGCCCACGGGGGAGACCGAGAGAUACAAGGGUCCCAGCGGCACCAACAUCAUCAUCGGCUCCAUCGCCGGGGCUGUGCUGGUUGCAGCCAUCGUCCUGGGUGGCACGGGCUGGGGAUUUAAAAACAUCCGCCGAGGAAGGUCCGGAGGGGCCUAAGUGCCACCCUCCUCCCUCCGAGCCUGGCACCCACCGUCUCGGCCCUGAACCACGAGGCUGCCCCCACCCAGCCACGGAGGGAGGCACCGUGCAAAUGUCUUCCAGGUCCAAACCCUUCGACUCCUGGCUGCACAGGGGCUGUGGGGCUGUGGCCCUGCCCUUCACACCACCAGGGUGGACCGACCUGGAGGGCAUUUCCUUCACGGUCCCCGCCCCCGUCCUGCGGCUUUGGCCUUGCACACAAAUUCUCCCUGUGUGAAUGUAGCUUCACCAUCACAGACCACCACAGCUCCAGCGGGGGCGGGCCUGGAGGGAAGCCCCGGUUGGGGCAGGCAGCCACCAGCAGACCCGGCCUGGGAUGGCCCUUCCUCUAAACGAGGCAGCUGGAACCAGGGUCAUAGCUCCCUGGGACCUAGGAGAAGGGGCUGACAUUCACGUUUUUUAUGACUCUUAACUGAUGAAUGUAACCUUGGAGGUGCUGGGGCCAGAGCAGUUGGCUGUGUUGGCAUUUACAGGAGGGCUCAGAGGAGCCAAGGUGUGGCCUCCCCCAGGCCCUGCCCUGGGAUGAUCACCCUGGAAUCCUGUCCCUGAACACGGGCAGGGGCCAGGCAUCCUGCCUGCCCCCUCGGUCCAGCCCUGCUAAGCUUGGAAAAAGUCCGAGCGCUGAUUCAAACCAAAGCUGCCUGUGCCGUGCCCAAGGCCUCGGCUAUGGGUACGGCACCACGUCCCAGAUUGUCUCCAACUCCCAAAUGACCGUCCUGCUGGCCCUGCCAGGACACAUGUAUGGAGGGAUCCUAGAAAACACAGUCCCUAAAAGAAAACGGCACCUUCCCCCUUUCAAGAAGGGUGAUUCUGGGGCUGACUCAGGGUUUAGGUGCCCCCUGGUAUGGAACAGAGGUCCCAGGCUGGGCUGUCUUCCCCAGGGAGGACUCCUGCAGUAGCAGAGGCCAGAGGUGGCCAGUGCCUGGAGGGCGAGGGCUCUGCCUGGGAUGUGCAAAAGGAGGCAGGAAAGGGCAGUUUCGAAGAUGACCCGAGACUUCUGGAAAAGUCCUCAAGGCCCGUCAGGCCCUUUUCACACACUCCCAUUCCAGGGCUGAGUAGUGAGUUUACAGACGUUCCCCAUUAACCCUCCACUGCUCCCCGCCCCGCCGAGCCAACACAGGCUGAGGCCCUAGGACUCCUCAGUCCUGCCUGUGGCCUCUCCCGUGACCCUGGCUCCUCAACCCUAUUAGCUAGCUGACUGGGGCCCGUGGGGGCCAGCUACCUUAUGGAUGAAAGCCACAAAUGAGUGGAGUCCCUUUCCCCAGGGACACCCACCUAGACUUGGCAGGGGUUUCUGAACAGCCCUGGGCCUUUGAGCUACCUGUCUCUGGGGUAUCCUUGAGGAGGAACCGUGGAUAAAAUAUCUCCCCACUAUACCACCCUCAGAGGCAAACUGGGACCUGGGCCCUCUGACAGUCUCCGGUGGCUGGAUGGCUAUUGUGGUCCUCGUGACAACUCUAGCUGGCCCUGCCCUCUGGCCAGUCCUGCCCCUCUGGCCCACAGGCUGAGGCGGGGCAGGGGGGCAUGCUGGGUUUUGCACUUUGGCGGCGACACCUUUGGCAUCCCUCGGGCAUGCACACACACACUUGGGCAGCAGUGCAUCUGGGCUGCGUCCGGCUCCACUUCUCUGCACGAGUGUGAGCACCUCCAUGCACGUGGCGUGUCUGUGUGUGCACGUGUACGCGGGGACAGGGG